CACACUCACACACUCACACUCUCACAGCUCCUACCAGACCUGCCCGCCAUGGCCACCUCCACCAUGUCCAUCUGCUCCAGUGACCUGAGCUACGACAGCCGGGUCUGCCUGCCCGGUUCCUGUGAUUCUUGUACUGACUCCUCCUGGCAGGUGGACGACUGCCCAGAGAGCUGCUGUGAGCCUACCUGCUGUGCCCCCAGCUGCUGCCAGUCCAGCUGCUGCCAGCCCAGCUGCUGUGUGCCCAGCUGCUGCCAGUCCAGCUGCUGUGUGCCCAGCUGCUGCCAGCCCAGCUGCUGUGCCCCAGCCCCCUGCCUGACCCUCAUCUGCACCCCAGUGAGCUGUGUGUCCAGCCCCUGCUGCCAAUCUGCCUGCAGCAGCUGCUGCACACCCUCAUGCUGCCAACAGUCUAGCUGCCAGCCAGAUUGUUGCACCUGCUCCCCCUGCCAGCCAUCCUGCUUUGUGACCCUGUGUUGCAAGCCUGUCUGCUGCACACCCAUCUGCUCUGGAUCCUCCUCAUGCUGCCAGCAGUCUAGCUGCCAGCCCUCAUGCUGUCAAUCUUCCUGCUGCGUGCCUGUCUGCUGCAAGCCUGUCUGCUGCAAGCCCUGCUCCAGCAUGUCCCUGCUCUGCCGCCCUGUGUGCAGACCUGCCUGCUGUGUGCCCACCUCCUCCUGCUGUGCCUCCUCCUGCCAGCCCAGCUGCUGCAAGCCCUGCUCCAGCAUUUCCCUGCUCUGCCGCCCUGCCUGCUCCCGCCAGGCCUGCUGUGGCCUCUCCUCAUGCCAGAAGUCCAGCUGCUGAUGGGCCUGUCCUGUGGGGGCCCCAGAGCUCAGUUCCUUCCUUGUCUCACAGUGACAUGUAGGGGUUGGCUGCUGUAUCAGCUUUGGCACCAGCAUAGUGUGACAGCUCUGUGAUAUCACACCCCAACAGCUAGUGUCCCCCUCGCAGCUUCCUAUCAAGGCUCUGUAGCACUCUGACCUCCCCAGCAUUCCUCCGCUUUCUUCAAUGCAUGUCUUGCCCAGCCACUAAUAAACCUCUCUUC